AAUAGCUUCUGACAAAACAUUUCAUUCUAUCCACGUGCAAUGGGAGUUCAAAGAUCAAAAUUUGUCUGGUUUGACCGAGAAAGAUCAAACGAGACAAAUACAUUUGGAGGGAAUGGAGUAUCACAUAUAUACUUAAGUUAACAGCUAAAUGUUUUUACCAUUGCCAUAUUCAUCUGCACGGACAGUUGGAGCUGGUGCGGCUAUUCAUGACGCCACAUCCUACCGCGAGCAGCUUGAGAAACACACAAAGGAUUUGUUUUCCAUAUUCCACGUCUUCUGCACACGAAAAGACAUACAUGCAUUGGAUGUGGUGCUGGAAGACACAGACAUAGCAAAAGCUUUGAAUGAAUAUGUGUCUAGUGCUGCAAUUGAGAACUUGGUUCUUGGUGCUUCAAAGCAUGGAUUUCUCAAGAGGCUUAAGGUUAUGGACGUUCCAACAACAGUAACAAAACGGGCACCCGAUUUCUGUACGGUUUAUGUCAUUUCGAAAUCCAAAAUCUCGACCGUACGAAACGCUUCUCGACCAGCCCCCUUCAUUUCUCCCCUCUACAGCCAAAUCCAUCAGAAAAACGAGCAACUCCAGCACACCAACACCAACAACAAAAUCAAAGCUGCCAAUGUCUGCAAACCUAAGAGCUUUUCUCCCAAGACGCGUCACAGACACACUCCCACUUUCAAUGAUAAGCUUGGAGCAUUUGAUAAGUCCCAACGCAUCUCUUUCACGUAUAACAAUGAAAUGGAACCAUCAUUCAGGUCGCCGCUCGAGAAAGGGAGAGGCACCAAUGGGAGAGGGGACCUUUCAGAGUCAGACACGGAUAUUUCAUUUGUGAGUUCCGGUCGACCUAGCACUGACCGGAGUCCCAUGUUUUGUGAUGGAAUGGAGUCCGGGCGCACGUCUCGGUUAUCCACUAGCUCAGAGAGCAGCUAUGGAUCGUCCGACCGCUUCGGAUCCAAGGCCAGCGACACAAGUUCUUUCACCGACAUUUCAUCUACUACUUGCCUUGACAACGAUGACGCCGAAAUGAGAAGGCUAAAACAAGAAUUGCAGAAGAUGAUGGACUUGUAUAGCACUGCUUGCAAGGAGGCCUUGACAGCAAAGCAGAAGGCAACCGAGCUACAACUAUGGCGAAUCGAAGAGGAGAAAAAAUUGGAAGAAGAUGAGAUCUCAGACGACAUGUCGCAUGGGAAGGCCAAGUCAUGGACAAGCACGGAGGGCACAACAGACUCAAUGAAAAGGAGAAGUGACGAUGAAACAAGAAUCGAAGAGGAGAAUGAGAGUUUUCGGAUUGGAUUGAGAUACAGAAGGUACACUAUUGACGAAAUCGAUGAAGCUACAGAGCACUUCUCGGAGUCCAGAAAGAUUGGAGAAGGAGGGUAUGGCCCUGUCUUCAAAUGCUUGCUUGAUCACACUCCAGUUGCUGUUAAGGUGUUGCGUCCAGACGCUGCACAAGGAAGGUCACAGUUCCUCAAGGAGAUUGAGGUGCUAAGCUGCCUGCGCCAUCCAAACAUGGUGAUGCUGCUGGGUGCUUGUCCGGAGUACGGCUGUCUGGUCUACGACUACAUGUCUAAUGGAAGCUUAGAGGAACGGCUCAUGAAAAGGGGAGACAAACCCGCACUGUCAUGGCAAGUGAGGUUCCGGAUUGCGGCGGAGGUCGCCACCGGUCUGAUGUUCCUCCACCAGACCAAGCCGGAGCCAGUGGUGCACCGCGACCUCAAGCCGGCGAACAUUCUCCUAGACGAGUACUACGUGAGCAAGAUCGGAGACGUGGGGCUGGCCCGGCUGGUCCCAGCAGCGGCGGCGGACGACGUCACCCAGUUGAGGAUGACGUCAGCGGCCGGGACAUUCUGUUACAUUGACCCGGAGUAUCAGCAGACAGGGAUGCUCGGGGUGAAGUCGGACGUUUAUUCCUUCGGGAUUGUGCUUCUGCAGCUGCUGACGGCCAAGCCGGCGAUGGGGAUAGCGCAUCGGGUGUCGGAUGCCGUAGAGAAGGGGAAAUUUGAAGAUGUUUUGGAUCCGGUGGUUACGAACUGGCCGGUCGAAGAGGCCUUGACCAUGGCCAAGAUUGGCAUGCAGUGUUCCCAGCUGCGGCGCAAGGACCGGCCAGAUUUAGGAAAGCAAGUCUUGCCAGAGCUCCUCAGAUUGAAGGAAUUAGCAGAUCAGAGUAUUGGCCAAUUCAUGGUGGUUGGGGGUUCAUGAUGAGCGGUGUACAUCAACAAUGCAUACAUGAUUCGGCAGCAUUUUACAAGUUAUCGGCCUUAUUUAGGCCUUGUUUGUUUUGCGGCAUUUUGUCCAUCGAGAUGCUGCUCAAAGCUGUGUUUCUUGGUUUAAAAAGUCGUCAUCUUGGGUAAAAUGCCAACUUAACAAACGCAUCCUUGGCUG